AUGCAGCUCUUCUGCUCCCUGCGGGUGGAGGAGGACUCAGACCAGGAGCUUUCCUCCUGCAGGUUCCCCUACAGCACCUGUCACCUGAGAAGGGAUGUGGACCAUGGCUGCUGGAGAGAAUCUGUGCUCCUGGAAGGCUUCAUGGAUCUGGUGCCUGUGGAGCUGUCCCCACCUCUCACCUCUCAGCUCCAUAGCAGAACUCAUGUGGCCGUGACUUGCCCUGAGCCAGAAAGGGCCCUUGGCCAUGGGGGACAGGGUGGCCUGCAGGGCUGCCCAACUCUGGCCAAUUCUCAGGAGCGGGCCAAUUCUCCAAACCUGGAACAGUUUGGGCAGAACGCUCCUGAGAAUUGGCUGGAAAAUGCCCGGCAAACUCGCUUUGGUCACCGCACGUCUGCAGGGCCACCCCAUUGGCCUGGCUCGGGAUCCCGAGUCGUCGCAUCUGAACCCCGCCAGAAAGCCCUCCGGGAGUCUGGCACAGAACCGUGGCGCAAGAGUGCCUUUCAGAGAUACAUUCAUGCGGCCACUGAGGCCAGCCCCAUCCUUGGGCACCCCAGCCACCUGAAAAGUCGGGAGCAGACACCCGGUCACAACCCUUCCCUCAACUCUGCUCUGGGAAACUCCCCUAUGCCAGGGCCCUGGGGUGGGCUGCGCCAUCUUGGCGCAUUUUUCAGACAGCUGCGACAUGCCCCAAGUGAGAAAGGGCCCUUGGCCAUGGGGGCCAGAAGGGCCAGAGUGGCCAGGUCAGAAGGGGCGCCCAAUGUCCGCCUAUUCACAGGAAUAGGAAUAUUCAAGCCUGCUGAGUCCUGCCCUAAACUCAGCCCUUGGGCCAUUCAUGCCCCCCAAUUCCAACACGCACCUCUCACUCAGAUCCUGACCCAGGAUCAUCUCCAGUCCUCUCUUCCAAUCCUAUCAUCAUCUUCCUCACCUCAUAUUAGAGCUUGUCAAAUAUCUUGCCCUAUAGCCCAGGAUAAGUCACAAUUUCUCAUCCCAACUGAGAUUCAACACCCAGAAUGGCCUUUGUUGCAGGAGCAACUAGAAAGUGGGGCUUUAUCCUCUGUAAUCAAAGGAUCUCAAGAGGUCUUUAGUGUCUUCACUUCCAACCUUCCUGAAGACAGCUGGGUGGUCUCCAUCCUUCCUGAGAAUUUUCCAAUCAGUCCUGAGCUCCGUAAGCAACUGGAGCAACACCUACAAAAGUGGCUUGUUCAACACCGUUGGGAGUUGCCCCGUAAGAUCCAAGAGUCUCUGGAACUAAGACAAUAUCAGGGUGAAUUACCAGGGACAUGUCAGGCAAAGGGUAAGCAUGGACCCUCACGGCCCUCUGCAUUUGCAGGUAAAAGCAGCAAGGAUACACAGAAAGUGGGUUUCCAACUAAGCCAGGGCAUGGGCAAGGGCCUGGGGUAUAUUUUGGGGAAGGUCCCAAAAGAUAUUUCUAGGGCCUCAGAGAACUCGCUAAUAAGGUUUCAGGGAGUGGGCUCUGAGGAGUCAGAAAGUGACUUGGGGCUGUCACAGAGUGACUCAGGAAGUGAUUUACUAAGAAACUUAGAUAAGAAUCUAGAAAACCUCUUGACACACAAUUUGAGCAGGAAGUUGGGGCAGAUCAGUGAACGUAUGCCUAUGAGUGUGCGCCAAACCGGUCUGGCUGUCAACCACGCUUUUCCCAAGUCCAACACUGACAUGGAAAUCAGAAAUCUAGGAAUCUUGAAGGGUUGGAGACCAUAUGUGAACACCUCUCACAGGGUUUCCUUCCUCCAUCCAGAUAUUCAAGGAGUGCUGGAAGCACAUAUUAUAAGGUUUUGGGUGAGGCACAGGUGGAGUCUACCCCUCAAGGUCCUCAAACCCAUAAAUCUCUUUAAGUUGAAAAAGGUUCAACCCUUACCCAUUCUACAGUUUGCUUCUGCCCCAGAAGCCACCUGUGUGUCUGGGGCCCCCUCAAUGGUCAAGUUUGCUGAAUUCCUGGGAAAACCUUCUCAGUCAUGUCUGGGAAAGAAGGCAAUAAUAGAAGAAUCAGUUUCUACCCUGGAAAGGCCUUUCCUUGCUCCUUCACCUAUGUAUGGGGAAAUCCAGAGGGCGCUGGGAAGGGCCCCAUCUGGUGACAACAAGGGCUCCUUAAAAACCUUUCUGAUUGGACAGGAGGACAGGCCACCUUCUCAGUCCCUCACACUCAACUUCAUGGGCAAGACUCAGCAGAGCAGUUCUGAGGAAUGCAUUGAGAGGAACAGCCUAGAGUUGAGUCCCAGUUCAACAAUGGCCAGGAAUGAGCCAAGAGAGGAGAUUAUGGAUUGGGCCUCACAAGACCCCUGCCAUAGGGUAGCAAUGCUGGAGAUGAGCUUAGGAUCGCAAUGUUUUAGUGCUGAAAAGGACAGGGAGGCAGUGGAACCAAUGUGCUUGGGAAACAAUGGGUUCACAAAAUCCCAAACCAUAAAUGUGCAUAUGGGGAAUUUAGAUACCAGUAAAAAACUUUCUAGAAUGUCUGUUUUCCAAGAUCCUGGAGAGACAUGCCUUAAUGAAGAGAUUAGUGAAUUUAAGUCCAAAAUGAAUACAAAGUCAGAGAACCAGCUUCAAGACUAUUCUACAAACAUGCUUCUUGAUGCAGACAACUUGGCUUCUCAGGUGCCACAGUGUCAUCCCCAGAGAGUAUCUACUGGAGACCCGGUACCUUCCCAGAUGCUAUAUGGCUUCAUAACAGACCAAAGGAGCUGCCUAAGGCAGCAAGAGCCCAUGAUCCCUAAACUUCAGGACUCAUGGAAGAGCCAGAGCAAGAUGACUGUCCCUACUAAUAAAAGAGAGGACUAUAGGAGGCUCAAUUCAGGAAAUGAAGAACAAUUUGAGGAAUUGAGGACCUCUCAAGGCGAGUGUAUGUGUCAUCCUGCCCCAGUCAGGGGAAUAACAGAUUCUGUUAGGAGCAGAUACAUCCAGGUUCCACCAGAGAAGAAACAGGGUCCUCCUGAAAGCCUCUUCAGAAAAAGGGUGAGGCGCUUUUUUCAAUGGAUUUUCCCCAGUGAGAAAGUCAAAGGUCAGAAUGCUCUGCAAAAAUGUAAUCCGAUAAUAGCCCCUGCCCAGAGCCAAGGACCAGUCAAAAGCAGAUCAAUUAUGGCCAGUGAGACUCCUGAGGCUCAAGCACUCAUGACAACUGUUGGACAGAUUCUAGAGGAGAAAAUGGUAAUUCAUCAUGGACUUCAUGCCACAAAGUUAAACGAACACAAACAGGAACUCCAAGCCCCAGUAUGUGGAUAUGUCUGCUACCACAGACUUCCCUUCUACCCAGAGCAACGGAGAAUAAUGAGUUAUACAGCUCAUGGUCACCAAGCUACCUCCAAGGACCCAAGUAGCUCUAUCAGGGAAAGGCAGGCCAGACACCAACAGUCCUUGAAAAGUGUAAGAUUCAAGGAUGAGCAGCUGGGCCUGAAGCACUUCCCAUCCCCGCCUCCCAAGAAGACUUUGUCUCCAGUCAGUCCCUGCCAGUAUGGGCCAAGGAUGCCAGGUGUGCCAGGCCACCAUCAACACUGCCCACGGCACUGUCUUCUUCAGGGGGGGAUCUUGUCUAGUCAACCAUAA